GUUUUUUCUAUGUGGAAACACAUACAUCUCAUAAUGAGCUUCACUGCUACACUGCCAACCGCCAAAUUCUGCCACGAAUAGCCCCUUUCGCCGGAGUAUUCAUCGCCACGGCGCCAAUCGGUUAAUUGUGAAAAAUGGAGAAAACGUGUUCUCUGCUGGUACAUUUUGACAAGACCACUCCAGCUAUUGCUAAUGAGAUCAAAGAGGCUCUUGAAGGGAAUGAUGUUUCCGCUAAGAUCGACGCAAUGAAAAAGGCGGUCAUGCUUUUGCUAAACGGCGAAAGCCUGCCUCAGCUGUUCAUUGCUAUUGUAAGAUAUGUUUUGCCGAGUGAGGACCACACUGUUCAGAAACUGUUGUUGCUCUAUUUGGAGAUCAUCGAUAAGAUUGAUGCAAAGGGCCGAGUCUUACCAGAAAUGAUUUUGAUUUGCCAGAAUCUCCGUAAUAAUCUUAUCCACCCAAAUGAGUAUAUUCGUGGUGUCACCCUACGGUUCCUUUGCCGUAUUAGUGAAGUGGAAAUCAUCGAGCCAUUGGUCACCUCCAUUAUGGCCAACUUGGAACACCGGCAUCCUUAUGUUAGGAGAAAUGCAAUCCUUGCGGUGAUGUCUAUUUACAAGCUGGAGCAUGGUGAUCAGCUCUUGGUUGAUGCUCCAGAGACCAUUGAGAAGUUUCUUUUGACAGAGCAGGAUCAGUCAGCUAAGAGGAAUGCAUUUCUAAUGCUUUUCAAUUGUGCUCAGGAUCGUGCUAUUAAUUACAUGUUGACCAACGUUGACAAAGUACAAGACUGGGGUGGGCCUAUGCAGAUGGUUGUCUUAGAGCUGAUCCGGAAAGUCUGUAGGACAAACAAAACAGGGAAAUAUAUUAAGAUUAUUAUAUCUUUACUGGAUGCCCCUUCAGCCGCUGUGGUUUAUGAAAGUGCUGGAACCCUCAUUUCAUUGUCAUCUGCUCGGACAGCUAUUAUAGCUGCAGCAAAUACAUAUUGCCAGCUUCUUGUUUCUCAGAGUGAUUAUAAUUUUAAACUGAUUCUGCUUGAUAGGCUGGAUGAACUCAAAUCUUCCCAUAGAGACAUUAUGAUUGAAAGAAUAAUGGAUGUCCUGAGGGCAUUGUCAAGUGCAAAUCUUGACAUCAAAAAGAAAACACUUGAUAUUGUUCUGGAAUUGAUCACGCCUCGUAAUGUCGGUGAGGUAGUUGUUACUUUGAAGAAGGAAGUUAUAAAAACUCAAGGUGGAGAGCUUGAGAAGAAUGGUGAGUACCGACAAAUGCUAAUUCAAGCUAUCCAUUCUUGUGCGAUAAAGUUCCCUGAAGUGGCAAGCACAGUGGUCCAUUUGUUGAUGGAUUUCUUAGGAGAUAACAACGUAGCAUCUGCAAUGGAUGUUUCUGUAUUUUUGCGUGAGAUAAUUGAAACGAACCCAAAGUUAAGGGUUUCUAUCAUCACUAGGCUUCUGGAUACGUUUUAUCAGAUCCGAGCAGCACGAGUUUGUUCUUGUGCUCUUUGGAUUAUUGGUGAGUAUUGUCUAUCUCUAUCUGAAGUUGAGAGCGGCAUUGCAAAUAUCAAGCAGUGUCUAGGAGAGUUACCAUUCUUUACAGUAUCUGAAACUGAGGAAGCUGCUGAUUCUUCAAAGAAAACUCAGCAGGCAACCGCAAUCACUGUUUCAUCUAGAAGACCAACUAUCCUUGCGGAUGGAACUUAUGCAACUCAAAGUGCUGCAUCUGAAACUGCCUUCUCCGCUCCAGCUGUAGUUAAAGGAUCUUUGGCAAUGGGGAAUUUGAGAUCUCUGCUUCUAACUGGUGAUUUUUUCCUUGGGGCAGUUAUCUCCUGCACCCUGGCAAAGCUCAUUUUAAGGUUGGAAGAGGUUCAACCAUCAAAAAUUGAAGUGAAUAAAGCAGCGAGCAACACAUUAUUGGUUAUGGUUGCCAUGCUACAGCUUGGCCAAUCCUCGGUUUUCCCUCACCCAAUUGACAAUGAUUCUUAUGAUAGGAUUGUUCUCUGCAUGAGAAUGCUAUGUAGCACAGGGGAGGAUGUGAGAAAGAUCUGGUUAAAAUCUUGUCGUGAGAGUUUUGUUAAGAUGCUUUCAGAUAAACAGCUUCAUGAAACUGAAGAAAUUAACGCGAAGGCUCAGGUUUCCUGCACACAGCCAGAUGACCUUAUUGACUUUUACCAUUUGAAGAGUCGAAAGGGCAUGAGCCAGCUUGAGCUGGAAGAUGAGGUUCAAGAUGAUCUUAAACGUGCUACUGGGCAAUUUGUUAAGGAUACAGAUGAUGCAAAUAAAUUAAAUCGCAUCAUUCAGCUGACAGGGUUUAGCGACCCUGUAUAUGCUGAAGCUUACGUGACAGUUCACCAUUAUGACAUUGUCCUGGAUGUUACAGUGAUUAAUAGAACAAAGGAAACUCUCCAGAACUUGUGUUUGGAAUUGGCUACAAUGGGUGAUCUUAAACUUGUUGAGCGCCCACAGAAUUAUACCCUAGCGCCAGAGUCAAGGAAGCAGAUAAAAGCAAAUAUCAAAGUGUCGUCUACUGAAACUGGAGUCAUAUUUGGCAACAUUGUUUAUGAGACCUCAAAUGUGUUUGAGCGGACUGUUAUUGUUCUCAAUGAUAUCCAUAUAGAUAUCAUGGACUACAUAUCACCAGCUGUUUGCAGUGAUGCUGCUUUUAGAGCCAUGUGGGCAGAAUUUGAGUGGGAGAACAAGGUUGCUAUCAACACGGCAAUUACAAAUGAGAAAGAAUUUCUUGACCACAUAAUAGAAUCUACCAACAUGAGAUGCCUAACCCCACAGUCUGCUCUGGAAGGUGAAUGUGGAUACAUGGCUGCUAAUCUCUACGCAAAGAGUGUGUUCGGUGAGGAUGCAUUGGUAAAUAUUAGCAUGGAGAAACAGGCAGACGGGAAGCUGAACGGAUAUAUCAGGAUCAGGAGCAAAACUCAAGGAAUCGCCCUGAGCUUGGGCGACAAGAUUACGCUGAAGCAGAAGGGAGGAAAGUGAUAAUAGUAUUCUGGUAAAUAUGUUUGUUAUCCCUUCUUAUUGGCCUCUGCAUCUAGUUUGCCAUCAAUUUUUCAUCAUUAACAGAUCCUCUUCUCUUCUCUUCUCUCUUGAUGCACUCACUCAUCUUUAUAGAGUUUCCUUUCCAUACAUAAGCUGAGACCAAGUCAUGUUUCAUGCACCUGUAGACAGUGUUCCCAUUUUUGUAUUUUACUUAUUUCUAUACUUUGCCAAUACUCUCACACACAUUCAUGUAUUUGUUGCCAGACUAAACUCCAUUUCUGGCCCUAUAUAUGACCAUUUUUUAUAUAUACGUUCGAGUUCUGUA